UUAAAAUAGUUAAACUGCAAACGGAAGCGUUGCCAAGCUCUUCGGAACGAUGGUUUUACGCUUCGUCGGAAUUUAUGUUUUACUUGGAUUACUUCACAUUUGUACAGGCUCGCGACUGCGCCAGGAGGACUCUCCUCCCCGGAUCGUGGAGCACCCGUCCGACCUGAUCGUGUCCAAGGGCGAGCCGGCCACGCUCAACUGCAAGGCGGAGGGCCGCCCGGCGCCCACGGUGGAGUGGUACAAGGACGGCGAGCGCGUGGAGACGGACCGCGACAACCCGCGCUCCCACCGCAUGCUGCUGCCCAGCGGCUCGCUCUUCUUCCUGCGCAUCGUGCACGGCCGCCGCAGCAAGCCCGACGACGGCAGCUACGUCUGCGUGGCGCGCAACUACCUGGGCGAGGCCGUGAGUCACAACGCGUCGCUGGAAGUAGCCAGUAAGUGGGCCAAAAUGAGCCGCCUGCUGGCCAAGCGUGUCCGCACGGGGGCACGAGCUAAGUCCAACCCUGACUCGCGUCCAGGGACGGCUUCCGCGGGCAUCUGCGGGCACCAGAGGGGCAUCCGAGGCCACUGGCGCAUCAAUUACGAGGAGCCGCUGCCGCCGCGCGCCAACGGCAGCAGAAACCGGCUGCGGAGUAAUGAGACGUUGCGCAACGUUAGGAUCCUGCACGGCACACGUAGAGCGAGCGGAGCGUCGUGUCUGAGCCACGCCGAUAGGCCGGCACAAUGGCCGCCCGUAUUUCAGCGGCUCUCCCGCGCGAGCCCUCGCCCUCGCCCGCGCCACCGUGAUUGA